UUUGGGGAAAUCUGCAACCUCAAUUUUGAGCCUUCGCUUUCAAGUCAAAUUUGCUGCAAAUUUGUGCGCGGGCAUAUAUUCUCAACUUUGCCGCUGAACCCUACAAGACAACUGCAAUCUUUGUAAAAUGGCGAACCAAGGGGAAGGAAAAGGAGAGAGAUCUGAAGAUGAUUUCAUUCCUCUUAGAACAAAUACGAAACGAAAUACCACGGGACAGGAAGACAACUUAAUGAAAUCUUACUACGAGGAGGUUGAAAAUAUAACACAGCUUUCUGAGGAAAAAAUUGAUGAAAUAAGGUGGCAAAAUGGGAUUGAGAUCCAAGGUGAAAAUUGCCCGAAACCUAUAACAAGUUUUCAAGAUUUAAAGUUACCUCCUGAACUGCAGGAAUACUUGCAAGAUAAUGGCUACAUUAGCCCUACUGCAAUCCAGAUGCAGGCUCUCAGCUGUGUUAUGAGUGGAAGAGACAUCAUUGGUUUGGCAGAGACUGGGUCUGGUAAAACGUUGGCUUAUUCCUUGCCUCUGUGUAUGUUUUUGAAAACAAGACAGCCAUGUUUGCCUGGACAAGGACCUAUGGCACUUAUUUUGACUCCCACAAGGGAACUGAUGCGACAAGUGUUUGAUCAUAUUUCAGAAUUGUUGUAUUGUAUCAGAACAAAGACUACAGGUAUGGUUUUACCAAACAAUAACCAUGGCAGUGUUGCUGAAAACAUCAAUUCACUUCAUUUGAAUUACUCAAACACAACAAGGAGUUCUUAUUUGAAUACACAUUUACCUUAUAACGUGAUGAACACAGGGUCACCAGGAAUGCCUGGCUGUCAUCCAGUAUCAAGUCAUUUAGCAUCUUUCCCUUACUUAUUCCCUGCAGCUUCACCAGUCAGCAUCAAAUACAAAUCAGUUGGAAUUUGUGGUGGUGUGCCAGUUUCAGUUCAGGCACAGGAGAUAAGGAGUGGAGUGGAUGUUGUCAUAGCAACUCCCGGAAGGCUUCUUGACUUGUGUAAACGUGGCCUCAUCAGUCUUGAUAAAGUGUCAUAUUUAGUGAUGGAUGAGGUAGAUAAGAUGCUUGGGAUGGGGUUGGAAGAACAGUUGAGGAAGGUUGUUGGACUUGCUACUAGAACUGAAAGGGCAAGACAAACACUGCUAUGGACUGCUACCAUGCCAGAUUCUUUAGACAGAUUGGCAAGGUCUGCGGUGUUAGAUCCCAUUACAAUUCAAGUAGGACCUGUUGGGCUGAUAUCUCCUACUAUCCAACAAAAUGUCAUGUUUCUGUAUCAUUAUGAAAAAACAGAAAAAUUAUUACAAGUUCUUCGAAAUACACCUAUUCCUCCUGUCAUUGUAUUUACAUCAUCCAUCCAGAAUGUAGAUUAUGUCACAGAGUUACUUAAGGAGGAACAGUUCCAUGCAUCUGGCCUGCACUCUGAAAAACCUCAAGAAUACCGAUUUACUUUAGUGAGGGAAUUUCGUGAAGGCAAAGUGGAUGUGUUGGUGGCAACAGAUGUUGGGUCAAGAGGUCUAGAUUUUCCUGAAGUAACGCAUGUAAUAAACUAUGAUCUACCAGAUAGUAUUGAAGAUUAUGUUCACCGCUGUGGUCGUACAGGAAGAAUGGGGCAUUUUGGUGUUGCAACAUCUUUUUUGACACUUGACUGUAAGAUUGCUGAGCAACUAAAAGAAAUGCUGGAAGUGAUGGAUCAAGCUGUACCCAAAGAGCUUGUGAACACUAAACAGUUUGGCAAAAAAAUCAUGAAGACAGAGUUUGGUGAUAGAGUUGUAGAUUUUUGAGAAAUUGUUUUGCAUUACAAUGAAACUAUUGAUUUUCAAAGGAAGCAAGGGAACUUGAAAAAGUGUAAUAAAACCAUUUCCACCUUGUGUGAAAAAAGGUUAAGAGAAAGUUGUCAAAUUUUAUGUAGUUCAAUUCUGUGUUUCGUCAAUUGUAGAUCAGUUAUAGUACAUAGAUAGUGCUUUUAAGUUUUUCAACUAAGUAAUGUUUUAGUCUGUUUUUUCUUCUCAUCUCCAUUAAAGGUCAGUUGAAGUGGAUGCUUACCAGAAGGGCUGCACCCACCAUAGGGUUUACACAGUUCCCUAAUAAUUCAUUUUUCUUUGGAAAAGUAGACUGCAGACAAAGUGAAGAAAAAAUCUCUAGCUGGGGAGAUGUACUUAUGACAGCCAUGUUAUUUUAAUUUUGAGCUUUUGAGGGAAGAGUAUUUACAGAGAUUAUGUUUGUCAAUCACCAGACUGGAGAUCAUGUUUACUUCAAACGGCGAGUGAAUCAAGUUAUCGUGGCCCAUGUCACUAUGGGAAAAUGCUACGGCCUAAGGAGUGGGGACAUGACAAGGUCGAAUGCAGCUUUCUCUUACCAACUGUUGGUCGGUGAUAACUCAUUUUACCCGGGGGUUUUUCAUCUCUGGGUUCACAGAAAAUUGCCACAAGGACUGUGACUCCUGAUUUGGAGACAGCGACUCGUUAUAUUUUCACUCAUCAGCUUCUCAGGAUAACCUUGGGAGCGUGGCAUUUCACACUAAUGGUCAUGACAAACUUGAUAAGAGACUUACUAGUGUUGGCCUGCGUUAAGAGUAGCAUGGACAGUAACGGAGCCUUACAUGAGGAUGAUAUUUUAAUAUUGGGGAUUUUGAGUCGCUUCAAAAGAGUAAAUAGCUUUGAAGACCGUUUCUCCUCCUACAGUCGUUUUUGUAAACCUUAUCAUGUAAUUAUGUCAGCAUCUAUAUGAAUUCUUUUCAUAAAAUGACCAGAGAGAGGCAAGUCAGUUGAAAACAUCUUCUUAGUGAAUAAACGUAAGUCGUGAGCAAAGCAAGCAUACAACUGUAACUUCAGAAAUAAAAGUAAAGGCUAAUUUUUCAUCUCUAGUGAAUACAUAUUUCGCAGUGAGUUAAUUAUUUCUCUGAAAAAAAUACAAGGAAGGUUUUAAGUACUGAGUUUCAUCAUCAUCAUCAUAUUUUAUUUGCCUUAUUUACACAAUACAAAAAAUUUAUUUACAGCGGUUAUAGCUAGAAGGCGAGGAGACUCAGGAAGCCACCGGGCUUAUGGGAGAGCCACCUCACUUACAUUAAUAAAUAAAGUAGAGAAAAAGUGCUGCGAAUGUGCGGCUAGGCCAAUUCAAGGAUUAUUUAAGUAAAAACUCUUGCAUUUUCGUCUUAAAACUAAGAAGGUUUGACGAACGAGUGACUGAAACAGGAAGAGAGUUCCAAAUUUUAGGACCUUGGUGAAGAAUUAUAAAUUGCUUGAGAUUUGUGCGGCACAAAUGCGUUCGAUAACUACUGGCUGUUCUGGUACCAUAGUUGUGAAUUUGGCUAUUCGUUACAAAAAGAUUGAGAAGCAAU